AUGGCGCCCCAAAAACAUGUCGCCGAGGUACCUCGCAGUAUCCUCCCUCGUCUCACAUGGAACAGCUCGUCAUCUCGUCCGGCUGUCUCCUCUCACCAUCCCGCGUUUGCGCCAAAGCAGCGACAGCAAUAUCUCCAGAGCUGGAGCCCUCUCCCCCGUCAGAUUCACUCCGUAAGCACAUCAUCUCAGCCCUCCAGGGGAAUUUCUACGUCUAUCCAAGAUAAUCGCUUUGCUUCCACUCUCGCCCGACGAAAUGCCGCUAUCGCAUCCCGCCCAUCCCCCGAAUCACUAGGCAACCCCAUCCGACAUAAUGGAGUCUACGUCGCAGCUUUCAAGCCUGCGCAGCGUGCAUUCCACGCGACUCCUAUUUGUCAACGAGAUCAUCAUUUCGAUACUCUGAGAUUUGUGAAACGAUUACAAGCGGAGGGUUUCAGCGAGGAACAAGCCGUAGCCAUGAUGCGCGUAUUGAACGAUAUCAUCCAAGAGUCUAUUCAAAAUCUCACAAGGACAAUGGUCCUUCGAGAGGACUCGGAACGAUCAACCUAUACUCAGAAAGUCGACUUUGCUAAACUCCGCUCCGAACUUCUAAACACCGACUCGACAGAAGCACAACUCACACGCUCAUCGCAUGAGAAGCUCUCUGCUGAUCUUGCUAAGCUGAAUUCGCGCAUGCGGGAUGAGAUUGGUCGGACUCAGGCGUCUGUUCGGUUGGAUUUGAAUCUUGAAAAGGGUCGAAUUCGCGAAGAGGCUAAUGGGCAGGAGAUGCGAAUUAAGGAGACGGAAACACGGAUUGAACAGGAAGUGGCCGGGUUGAGAGAACGGGUUGAAGCUGUUAAGUUCUCCACUUUACAGUGGCUUAUGGGUGUCUGCACCGGUACCGCUGCUCUGAUUCUUGGUGCUUGGCGCUUGUUUAUGUGA